AUGGCAGCGGCGAUAGAGGAGGGAGGGCCUGCCUCCGCGGCCGUGGCGGAGGUGGCGGUGGUGAUGGAGGCGGGGACCUCCGCCCCGGAGGUCCCGGCGGAGUUGGCACCGGCGGCGGAGGUGGAGGUGCCCGCUCGAGGGGCUCCGGCAGGGGCGGAGGAGCCUUCCUCGGCGGUUGCGGCGGAGGGCAAGGUGGCCGUGGGGAUACUUGUUCCGCCACUUGUGUUGGUGGCGUUGGCACUGUCAAGUGGGCCCGCGGCGGCCCCGACGGCGACAGGUGCACAGGCACUGGGACCGUCGGCGAGGUCGGCGGCUUCUGGGAUGAUGGAGCCUGCUUCGACGGUGGCGUCGGGAUCGGCUCCCGCCUUGGCCUUGGCCGCUACCGUUCCCAAGGCAUGA